ACCAUAUCCAAAAUCUAAAUCCAAAUCAAAAUCACUACAACCUCCAUCAACACCAACAAAAUCACCAUGUCGAUGAUGUUAGGGGAACCACCUCAUCGCACAAAUCCAACCAUACACGUGCCACCGUGGCAAAUGAUGAGCGAUUCAACGGCGGAGAUCUUUUCACCUUUAACCACCAAUGACGAUUACUCUCCGUACUAUUUGCAAGAAGCGCUUAGCGCUCUUCAGCACUAUAUACCCUCCAACGAACACGACGACGAUUCCGACUCAGACGCUAUUCCGAGUCACGAAUCGGUGGAUGUUUACUCGUGCGAUAACUUCCGCAUGUUCGAGUUCAAGAUUAGGAGAUGCGCACGUGGCAGGUCACAUGACUGGACGGAGUGUCCGUACGCUCAUCCCGGCGAGAAAGCUCGCCGCCGUGACCCGAGGAAGUUUCACUAUUCCGGCACGGCAUGUCCCGAUUUUCGCAAAGGAAGUUGCAAGAAAGGCGAUUCGUGUGAAUUCGCGCAUGGAGUUUUUGAGUGUUGGCUCCACCCUGCUCGUUACCGGACUCAGCCAUGCAAAGACGGAACAAGUUGCCGCCGGCGAGUUUGUUUUUUCGCUCACACGUCGGAGCAACUCAGGACUCCGACGCAGCAGAGUCCCCGGAGCGUAAACUCCACCGAUUCAUACGACGGUUCUCCUCUGAGGCUGGCGAUUGAGUCUUCCUGUGUUAAAUCACUUCCUUUCAUGUCUUCUCCCGGUUCGGUUUCUCCGCCGGUAGAGUCUCCACCGAUGUCUCCAUUGACAUCUUCGCUUGGAAGGUCUUUUGGUUUUGGUUCUGUGAAUGUGAAUGAAAUGGUGGUUUCUCUGAGAAAUUUACAACUUGGUAAAAUGAAGUCGUUACCUUCUUCUUGGAAUGUUCAAAUGGGAUCUCCUCGAUUCGGAUCUCCAAGAGGACCCGUGAUCCGACCCGGAUUUUGUAGCUUGCCCACGACGCCUACACAGACGCCGAAUCGCAGCGGUGUUAAUCAUUUUGAUCUUUGGGAUCAGAGGUGUGAGGAGGAGCCUGCGAUGGAGAGGGUUGAAUCUGGAAGGGACAUAAGAGUGAAGAUGUUUGAGAAACUUAGCAAAGAAAAUUCUCUUGAUAGAUCGGGUUUGGGUUCGGGUUCGGGUUCGGGUCAGGUUGAUGGGGCUCCGGAUGUUGGAUGGGUUUCGGAGCUAGUGAGCCCUUUCUUGGGCUGAUUGUUGCUGCUGAUUUCAUUUUGGGGUCGUCUUUGGUUUCCACUUUUGGACAAGAUUUAAUUUUCUAAGUGUAUCUAUGUAAAUAUAUCUUAUUAUUGUCAAGGUUAUGAUGGGGAAUUGAAGUGAAGAAUUUAAGUUCUUUUUUGGAAGGUUUUCUUGGAAAAUCCAGACGACCAGUAAUUCUUGAUUUGCAAGAUAAAAAGUUAUCUUAAGCUUAGCUUUUUUUUGUAUAUAGGCUGGCAAUAUUAUUCCUGUAUUUUUAACUUCAGUGUUAAUUAUUAUUAAUGUCUCCUAGCUAAUUUCGUGUUGGUGAUGUAUAUUUGAAUUUUCUUAUCCGUUGUAGGAUCCAAACUCAUUGUGUUCAAUUAUGUAAACAAUCUAUAUUAUUCUAAGUUGUGUAUUUGUUUCUGUUCUA